UCUCUUUGCCCUCCCGUCACACCUGCGUGACUGUCACGCGCCUCCCGGUCCCAUACGAUGCACGACGCGCUCUCCUCCGCCCUCAACGGCGCCCAUACCGACUCGGUCUCUGCCCCGGACUCCCCUGCAGUCGACUCAGUCGCCACACCCAUCAACAACUCACUUGUUCCCGACGUCAAGAUCGACGUCGAUUACACCGAGCAGGAGAGUGACGCGCGCCACGAACCUGCUCCCCUAAAGCUGGAUAAGUUGGAGAACGCGUCUAUUGUUCCUCAGCUGGGCACGCCAGUAGAUCCUGGUACGUGUAUCGCGCGAUUCGACGCGUCGUCCUCGCCUGACGCGCGUCAAGACACUAUCCCUAUCGCCCCUCCCCACGGUACCCCUCCUCCACCGCCGGGCGAGCUCUUAGACGAUGUAAAGAUGGCUGAACAAAACCCGCCAGUUCCUGGCGGGGACGUGGAGAUGUCGGAGUCGAGUGGCAAGGUCAACGGUCUUCCCAACGGACAAACGCACGAGUCGCCCGUUGCGACUCCGGUCUCACCUUCAGUACCCGCUGUUACAUCAUCGAGUGAAACUGCUGUCGACUCACAUCUCGCAUCAUCUCCAUACGCUAAUAAUACGAAUGCUAAUGAGGAUGAUGAUCAUGACAAUAAACCCCCGCCCGCUAAGAGAGCUCGGAAGUACUCGGAUGCAGAGAGAGCGUCGCUCGCCAAUACCGGUACUCCACCUCCAGCCUCUGUCUCGCCUCCUCCAACCGCUUACCCUCCUGCGGAGCCUGCUGGACCCUCUACCCUUUCUGUCGCCCAAUGGCGCUUCUCAUCAUCCACGGUUCGUACACUGAAGAAGAUGAAGGAUGCCGGCCCCUUCCUUAACCCCGUCGAUCCCGUUGCUCUCGGCAUCCCUCAUUACCCCCAAGUCAUCAAGCGUCCUAUGGACUUCUCCACCAUCGAGCGCAAGCUUGCCGCCUCCAACCCUGCAAAACCUGAUCCGAAUCCCUCCAAUCCCCGCUACCACCACGCUGAGCAGUUUGUUCAGGACGUCCGUCUGAUCUUCACAAACUGUGUCACGUUCAACGGCCCGGACCAUCCAGUGACACAGAUGGGGAAGCGGGUAGAGGCAGUUUUCGACAAGCAGAUCAAGCAGAUGCCUCCUCCAGAAGAGCCCAAGGCCCCUACGCCGAAGAAAGUCGCAUCCCCUCCCCCGCCUCCUGCACCGGUUAAGAAGCAGGCACGGCGACCAUCUGCGCCUGUGGCUCCCGUCAUUCGGCGGAAUGAGGAGGCGGUCGUUAGUGCUGGGCGUCCGAAGCGCGAGAUACAUCCUCCUCCCCCUAAGGAUCUGCCGUACGCUGACGCGCCCCGCAAGUCGCGGAAGACCAAGGGGCCUAAGAAUGCGAUCGUAGCCGAGCAGAUGAAGUUCUGUGAGAAGAUUUUGAAGGACUUGCAUCAAAAGCAGCACUACCAGAUCGCGCAUCCGUUUUACGAGCCAGUCGACCCCAUCAAGAUGGGUAUUCCCGAGUACCCGAAGAUAGUCAAGAAGCCCAUGGACCUCUCCACCAUGAAGAGGAAAUUGGAUACGGGCGAUUACCCGACGCCUGAGAAGUUCCGCGACGACUUCAGGCUCAUGGUCAAGAACUGCAUGACGUUCAACCCACCCGGUAAUCCCGUACACGAGGCGGGCAAGUCGCUCCAGAACCUUUUCGAUGAGAAGUGGAAGAACUUGCCCAUUCCCCGCUCUCACGAUCUCAGCGACGAUGAGGAUGAAGAGGAUGAGUAUGAGUCGGACGAUGAGCGUGCUCGCAUGGAGGGCAUGAUCGCGGACAUGGAGAGCCAGAUCGCCAGCAUGAAGAACAACCUUGCCGCGCUCAAGAGGAAUGGCAAGGAGAAGGAGAAGAAGAAGGAGAAGCGCGAGAAGCCAACUCCUCCCGUUGCGUCAACAUCCAAGUCCGCGCCCAAGCACUCGAAGGCUCCUCUCCAGAAGAGCAAGAAGGGGAAGAAGCCCGUCACCGACGACGAUGUCCUCACGUUCGAGCAGAAGAAGGAUCUCAGCGAUACCAUCAGUAAGCUCGAUGGAGCGAAGCUCGAGAAGGUCAUCCAGAUUAUUCAUGAUGGUGUGCCCGAGAUACGCGACAGCACGGAGGAGAUCGAGCUCGAGAUCGAUCAGCUACCUGCGGCCGUGUUGACGAAGUUGUACAACUUCGUCAUCAGGCCAAUGAAGCCUCCAGUCAAGCGUCCUCGCACAGGCAAGGGUACGGGCACUGGCGGGCUGAAGCGCAAGAGCAUGGACGAGGACGUCGAGACGAAGAAGAUUCGGGCGCUCGAGGAGAAGCUCAAGUCGUUCGAGCAGGGCGGCCGCACGUCAGGUGGUACCACCAACGGUGCAGCCGCCGGCGACAUGAGCGAGCACUCUUCGGCAGAGUCGAGCUCAGACGAGAGCUCGGCCAGCGACUCGGAGUAAGCUGUAUGUAGUUGAUCUCUUUUCUGUCGUAUGGACCCGUCGAUACCUGUCGUCAUAACUUCGUCCUUGCCGUAUCGCCAACCCCUCCUCCUGCUCGGUGGUCUCGUUGUUUGGGUAACUGGCUGUUGUUGCGCUCACGUUUGUCGUCAACUUAUACUCUUGCCGCUCCUCGUACAUAUCAAAAUUACAGAACUCAUCCUUGUAACUAGUUAGUACUAUACGUUCAUAUUCCAUAUCUUUCGAUAUCCA